UUGGGAAAUCUACUUCCGACGGGGAUAUCGUCGCCAUUUUAUCCCCCUGUCUCUCUCUUUCUCUCUCUCUGAUGCUCGUUAGUCCCCUCCGAGCGCUCCUACGCCGAUCGUCGCAGCGCCUCCACUCGGCCGUCGCCCUUCCCGGACCGCUCCGGUUCGCCCCCAUGUCGUCGUCGUCCUCCUCCCCAUCGACCGGCCCCUCGGACCAGCCCAUCUCCCCGGCACACACCCGCGUGGGCUGGAUCGGCACCGGCGUGAUGGGCCGGUCCAUGGCGGGCCACCUCCUCUCCGCGGGCUGCUCCCUCACCGUCUUCAACCGCACCCUCUCCAAAGCCCAGCCCCUCCUCGACCGCGGCGCCGCCGCCGCCUCUUCCCCGCGCGCCGCCGCCGCGGCCAGCGACGUCGUCUUCCUCAUCGUCGGCUACCCCUCCGACGUGCGCCGCGUCGCCCUCGACCCCUCCGACGGCGUCCUCGCCGGGCUCGCCCCGGGCUCCGUCCUCGUCGACAUGACCACCUCCGACCCCGCCCUCGCCGCCGAGAUCGCCGCCGCCGCCGCCGCCGCAGGGUGCGCCGCCGUCGACGCCCCAGUCUCCGGCGGCGACCGCGGCGCGCGCGAGGGGAAGCUCUCCAUCUUCGCCGGGGGCGACGAGGCCGUGGUCCGCCGCCUCGCCCCGCUCUUCCAGUGCAUGGGCAGGGUCUACUACAUGGGCGGCCCCGGGUCGGGCCAGAGAGCGAAGCUCGGUAACCAGAUCGCGAUCGCAUCGACGAUGGUGGGGCUGGUUGAGGGCUUGACGUACGCGCACAAGGCGGGGCUCGACGUCGCGAAGUGGCUCGAGGCGAUAUCGACGGGCGCGGCGGGGUCCAAGUCGCUGGAUCUCAACGGGAAGAAGAUCCUCGAGCGGGACAUGGAGGCGGGGUUUUAUGUUCACCACUUCGUGAAGGACCUCGGAAUCUGUUUGAAGGAAUGCCAGAGUAUGGGACUGGCGUUGCCGGGGCUCGCGCUCGCGCAGCAGCUGUACCUCUCGCUGAUCGCGCACGGCGACGGCGGCUUGGGGACGCAGGCGCUGAUUCUGGCCAUCGAACGCCUUAACAAUACAUGCCUUAAGAAAGCUUCAUAGGCAACGAGGUGAGGUUCGGUAUGCUCUGUUGUUGGAAUAUGCUCUGUUUGUUGAAAUGCCCCUACGAGUUUUACAUGUUAUGGUUCUGAAUAAAUUCUGAGUUUCCGUGUUGUUAUAUGGAACAUCUAUCUAUGCACACUUUCGACUCAAUUAGUAAUGUACAUGGCUGUGUGUUUGAUAAACUGGUACCUGCUGUUUGCUAGCAUUGUAGAUGCUCUUACUGUUAAGUUAUUACAGUGGACAUGGAGCUAUUACAUUGA